AAUCCAACCUCAGAGAGCAGCGGAGUAAUUCCGGGAAAAGGCGGACUGACAUUUUGUCGCGAGCGUCGCGUCGACCCAGCAGUGUCUGUAUCUGUGUGGACUGGUGCUUGGAGAGGCUGAAGACCGUCGGAUCAUGACAUCAGAAAGAAACAGCAAAGCCCUGAAGGUGAAGCAGGAAUGUGGUGAGAAUGUGCCAGUCCUGUCGGACAACGAGCUCAUGUCCCUCACAGUACGAGAGUUGAACCUGCACCUGCGCGGCAUGUCCCGCGACGAGAUCCAGAAGCUGAAGCAGCGCCGGCGCACCUUGAAGAACCGGGGCUACGCCGCCAGCUGCCGAGUCAAGCGUGUGUCCCAGCGUGAAGCCCUGGAACUGCAGAAAACAGAACUCCAGAGAGAGGUGGAGAGGCUCGGGGCGGAGAACGCCGGCAUGAGGAAAGAGCUGGAGGGGCUCGGUGCGCGACUGGCCGCACUGCAGAGGUUCGCCAGGGGCCUGGAGGCCGGGGGAGGCAACCUACUAGCCACGGCCCCGCGCCUCAACACCGCGUCAGUCAUCACCAUCGUGAAGAGUCCGCCACAGCCUCAGCCACAGAGAGAUCAGGAGCCAUCCUAGAAGGAGUUGCUGGACUGGGUGGG